AACAAAGAGACGUUAAAAGGCAAGAGAGUUCAGUGUUGUGCGUUUCCGGUUUUGCCCAAAACCGCAGCAUGUGAUUAUAAACACAUUUAGUGUUUUUUUUACUUAUCCCACCAAAGAACUGCUUUUGAAAGGGCUGCCCAAAAGAGCGCAUUUUAAUUGAGCUCGAAACAAUAUUUUUUUUCUAAACAUAAUUUCCAAACGCGCAUGCGCAGUAUCACUGUGUCUCACCAUCCAACGGCUAACAGCAGUUGUAAAUGUUUUUAUGUUGUAACGGUAAGACAAGCUACACUCGUUAUUGCCUUGUCAAAAAGUACUGUUGUUUGUGUAAUUGCUUGUUGUACUGUCACGUGUAAUUUUUUGUCGUUUUAACUUGACUUUGUUAUUCUCGCCGUUUGCUUCCUGAAUAUCAGAUCUCAUCCCGUUCUCUGUUAUCUCUUUGCCACAACCUACAACAGAUUGUACACAAUCAUCAUGGCGACCCAGGAUGGUGGGUAUUGAGAAAAUGCUGCAUUUUCUUCUUAUCUUUACAUUGAGCUGUAACGCGGUUAAUCAAAAAACGUUAAUCGGUGACUGACAAUCAAAUUUAUGACGCUUUUGAUGGAAUAAUGUGUAAAUUUGCGUUACUCCGUAAUGUUAUUCCUCAGGUUCACCAGUGGUCUAGUAGCUAACGUAAACGAUUGCUAACAUUACUUAGAUUAAACUGUAUUUCCGGAGGGUUUGUGUUUAAUAUUGUUAAAAAUAACCAGUGUUUGUUGAGAAUUGGCGUAUUUAAUUUUCUGUAGAGGUGAUUGAAUGUGAGGAGGUUUUGAAUGGUAACGACGAAUCACCAACUGACAGCAUGUUAAUGUUAACCAUACCAGUUCAUAACCAGUAAGGCCAACCGUAUUAAUUUACAGGAUCGGGGUCCUCUGGGUACAUGUUCUGUCUCUAUUACAUAGUCUGUUUACGCUUUAGUUGGUUGUGUAUGAUUUAUCCCUUUGACCGGCACAGCGGUAUCGAAUCGCUGUUAAGUUAGGAAAAAUAGCAACGAUGGAAAGAGCUAGAAAGAGCAGAAGAGAAAGAGAGAUAGAGAGAGCGGUCGAUUGAGGUUAAAGAAAAAACGAAACUAUUAUUUUACGCACGCUGUUGCCUUACUGCCAUGUCUUUCUUUCUCACUGCGUGUGUUGGGGAAUGAUAGCAGUGCCUAUUUCACGAUUAUCAUGUGUUUUAAACGUUUGAAUUAGCCACAGGAAUAGGGAGAACAACUGACACAAAUGCAUAUCUAAAUUUUUAAAGAAUGUAAAGAAAUGCUUAAUGAAAUGAAGGUUUUCCAAAAGUAAAGUAGUAAAUACAUAUUCAAAGAUGAUAUUACUUUAACUGAAACUGCAGUCUGGGAUGGGUUUCUGCCCUGACAUGUUCUGGUUCAGUUCUGCACUUUAGGGAACUGUCCAGGACCAGUCACUUUGAGUUUCUUAUUGUUUUUGUUUGUUUAUUCGAACAGGUUAAAAGAAAAACAGAAUAAAUGCAAUAUACAAUGUGCUUUGGCAGAAAAACAAUUAAAGAGACAGCUCUGUAGGAACAUAGAUAAUCAUACUUUGCUCGAAAGGCUGUAGGAUGAAGUUUAUACAACUUAUCUAGUUGUACCCUUUUAUUAUUGUGUUACUAUAAUUCAAUCAGCCAGAGCAUGUGUAGGAAUAACAGUACAGAAGAUAUAUCAGGAAAAAAGGCACGUUGCCCAUUGUUAUAAAUUCACGUUUCCGUUUCUCUCUUAUAUCCAUUCAGAAUGUGGUUUAUAGAACUUGCUGAGUGAUCUUAUUUAAUUUACCACUUAACACUUCUUGAUUAACAAACAUGUUGUUAUUAGUUUACAAAAGUACAGAUGUUAUCAUUUCAUGAGGAAGUUCAGAUACUGCAGGAGAAAAUCACUUUUGAGGAGGACUUGUUAGAAAAACAGUAUUCAAACAUUUAAUAAGUAAAUGUUAUUUUCUCACAGCUUUCGCUGUAGCAUAAUUUUGUGUUUUUAAAAAAUACCCUCUGCUUGUUCAGUUGAAUGUUGAAAGAGGAGAUUAAACACAGAUGAUCUUUUAUAGUGAUUUAUUCUGUAGUGCAGGGCUGUUUGUUGAGAUAGACAUCCUGACAGGUUUUUUUAUGUAAUAAAUACAGGAUGAGAAACUAUUUCAUUUUAUUUCUCAAGUUGAGCUAAAACUGUACUUAGAUGUGUUGUAUGGUGUCACAAAAACACACUCAGACACAAAGAUUUCUUAGAGACACAUUCUUGGGUACGCUGCACAUACUUUAUACUUACUAGAACUAAUAUUUGCUAUAAGACAUGCCUGUAUGCUUGCCAGCAAAAUAUGGAUUUUUGAAAGUGUGAGAUCAUUUGUCUUUAGAGAAAACAAUUUUGCAAUCAACAAGGCGUGAUGUCAUCUAAGUCAAUGUUCUCGUGCUCUUCCAGGAGGUGAAGAAGUCAUAAUGGAAACUGAGGCAAACCCAAAAGAAGUUGAACCACUAUGUGAAGGCGCUGAAAAGGGUGACACAGAAACUACGUCCCACUCAGAGGCAGGAAACGCCACAACUCAGGAAUCUAGUAUUAGCAAUGGGGAUGAUGCGGAUGAACAACGGGAGAUGGUGGACGUGAAGAUCAUCUGGAACAAGAAAAAAUAUGAUCUGAAAAUUCCUAUUGAUGAUACUGGAGCUAAACUAAAAGAGAGUAUCCAUUCACUCACUGGUAAGAGAAACACAGACGUCUACUGUAAACUUUUACACAAACAGUCAAAACUAAAGUAAUGUCUGUGCUGUCUUCAUAGGUCUUCCACCGGCAAUGCAGAAAGUGAUGUACAAAGGAUUGCUUCCAGAGGACAAGACGCUACGAGAAAUAAAAGUCACAAAUGGUGCAAAAAUAAUGGUGGUAGGAUCUACAAUAAAUGAUGUAUUAGCUGUGAAUACACCCAAAGAGGUCAUUCAGCAGGAAGUCAAAGCUGAAGAAAACAAGAAGGAGCCUUUAUGCAGGCAAAAGGUAAAAUGCUCAAUAACACUUCUGCACAAUGGUAAGAGACAGAUUUCCAUGGAGUUUUAAAACUCUGCUUUUAUUUCAGCAACACAGAAAAGUUUUGGACAAAGGCAAACCAGAUGACAUAAUGACAGCCAUUAAAGGAACAAAGGUGAGAUGGGAUGAAGAGAGAUCAGUCCUUGUUUUUGUUCGUUUUGCACUGACUGCCUCAGCUUUUCUAAAGCGCUCAACUUCCCACCUGACUAAAGUGUGUUUUUGUUUUUGGCACCCACAGGAACGAUUACCAACAGUGCCUUUAUCUGGGAUGUUUAACAAGUCUGGAGGAAAAGUUAGACUCACGUUCAAACUGGAGCAGGAUCAGUUGUGGAUCGGAACAAAGGGUGAGGUUUCAGCUUGUCUGGUUUUGCUGAAUUCAUAACAAUACAAGCUUAACGAUGAGGUUUCCAUUUUUGAUGUUUGUAUCUCAACAGAGAGGACGGAGAAAGUUCCAAUGGGCUCCAUUAAAAAUGUAGUGUCUGAACCCAUCGAAGGCCAUGAGGACUAUCACAUGAUGGUAAGUGUUUUUGCUACUUCCUGCAUGGCAAAUAAAACACUUGUUUCUGUGCUUGUCGUCAUAUGAGCUGAUUUGUUACUUUUAAUUCUUUAAAAGAAAACCCAACAUUUAUUUAGUUCACCUUCCCUUUGUGUACAAAAGCUCUUCUUCCAAAGCGAAGAUUGUUUCUGUUGAGCUGCAGUCACGGUAGUUUGUGUGCAUCAGAUUGAUGGGGCCAUCUUUGGCUGUUUUGGGCUCUGCAGCGAAGCGAGAAAUGUCACUGCUUUUUGUGCAUUAACCUUUCUGUCUAAAGGCACUUCUGCUCCUCUUUGUCGGAGAAAAACAAAAGUCCUGGAACGAGUAACUAAUUGAAUUGAGUUGUCUUGUGGAGAUCAAGUUGUGUUUAUAGAGGAACAGAGCGAUGUGUCAGAGAAGCGUUGAUUUAACAAAUACGAAGUUCACAAUGAUGCAUUACAGCUCCGUUGAUGUUUCCUUCAGCUGAGUUGCCUUUUUUUAACGUUGUACUACUGGAGCUCCCAUAUAUAAAGUCACUGAGACAGUCUUAUAUACAUAAUGUUAUAUAUAACGGAAAAUGAUUUUUUUUUUAAAGUAUUUACAGCGUAAACUUUGAUAUUUUACAAUGAGUAUAGAUCAUAAAACUCAAUAUAAGCAGACUUAUGAUAGGAAUAUUCAAGUAUUUCCUUUUGUCCUGAUUGCUUGUUGGCAGUUUAAUAUCACCUCUCACAAAGUGAACUCAUGUGUUCACCUGCGUUUAAAGUAUUGGUUUGAUUUAGUGUGUUCACACACAUGUAGAGUGGAAAAAAACAACUUUGUGGUUGUUUUUUGGGUCAAAGAGUCCAAAAUGUGGUGCUGGUAAUUGGUUCAAAUCAUGUUACACCUUUUAAGUUUCUGUGGUGCAUGAUGGGUGAGUCCCUACGAGUGACUUGAUCCAUCUUGAUUGUUUUAGUUGAAAUAAAUCAGGAGGAAAGACACACAGUACGAAUGCACCAGUCAACACAAGCAUGGGAAAAUAAAAGGAACAUGAAUUUAAUUUGUCUGGAUGGCACAUGGAGGUUUUUGGUGGGCUGUUAUUAAGGAGUACUUAUAACUAUGAGAGGCAAUACUUGAUGAACAAUAAAUCUACCAAUCAGCCGUUCAUUGUGACCUGUUGGAGAACUUUUUUUGUCUCUAUUUCAACUGUUUUGUCCAUCAUGCAGAGCCUUGUUAAAUCAAGUUUUCAGUUUUUUUUUCCGUUGUUACAUUAGUAGACCAUGUGAAACUUGAGUAGCCAUUUAAUUUAAUUAUGUUGUUUUUUCUCUGUUUCAGGCUUUUCAGUUGGGUCCAACAGAAGCCUCUCAAUAUUGGGUCUACUGGGUGCCUGCACAGUUUGUCGAUGCAAUCAAAGACACAGUCCUUGGAAAAUGGCAGUAUUUCUAAUGUGCCUCUUUUUUUUCUCGAUGAACUGGGAUCGAGAGGACGAGCCAAUGAAAAGUGAAACUGGAGUCAAUGAUGAGGCUUAAGGAACUUCUUGGAAUAUAUUGGAAGGAACCUCUGGAUGCCUGCGGACUAAUCAUAUUGUUUUUAGUUUAAAGGUGCACUAUGUGGCAGCGUAACAUUUCUCAGCCCUGCUGAGCAUUCAAGGUUUUCUGCAAAUCCAAGGGAAAAUGAUGAAACAAUUGUACAGAAAUUGCUAACACUUUUCUUCAGUUAUUCUUAAAGAAAUAAAACUUAUUUAAUGAAAUGUACAUACUGGGGCAUUGGUGUUUGUUUUCACCUUGGUUGUGUUUUCUCCUUUUAUGAAUCAGUUGUUGAGUGCCAUUGGCCUUUGUCAAAAUAAAUCUAAGAAACACUCUAUAUAAAAAAA